AUGUCAAUCUCACCACAAUCUGAGUUUGGAGAAGAGGAUGGAGGGUCCAAGAGGAUUAGGACCAAGCAAGAGUCAAUCCUAGGCUUCUCGGAUGUUAAUAAGGUUGGGACCUUCCUGCCCCAUGAUGAUGCUCUGGUGGUUACCCUCCAAAUUAGAGGGCUUGACGUUAGAAGGGUAAUGGUGGAUCAAGGAAGUAAGGCUAAAAUCAUAUACCCGAACUUGUAUAAGGGAUUGAAGUUGAAUCUCGAGGAUCUCAAAAAGUACAAAUCCCCCUUAAUAGGGUUUGAUGGGAGAACUGUGAUCCCCAAAGGAAUAAUUAAGUUGCCGAUACAAAUGGGCAGUGAAGUUGUCGAGGUAGAUUUCAUUGUGGUUGACGCUUAUUCUCCCUACACCACAAUUCUGGCGAGGCCAUGGCUUCAUUCUAUCAGGGCAGUCUUUUCCACCUUGCAUAUGAAGAUGAAGUACCUAACUAAGGGGCGCGUGGGGGAGCUACAAUUAGCAGUUGAAGAACUAGAGGACUUUGGUAGAAUGGCAGUAGGUGGAUUGCAGUGUGAAGAAUUGGAGAAUGUUGUCCUCAGUUUGGAUGAAGAUAGAUUUUUUCAGGUCGGGACCCAACUACCUCCGGCCGAGAAGGAAGAGUAG